CUGAUCUGGGCAAACUGAAAUCACUUACACAGGAAGACAUUUUGUUUCUCCGACUGUACUGUGGAAUCACCCUGAGUUCAGAAUUCCUCACUUUCUUUUCUCGUGGGAUCUGCACACAUUCAGUUGCCGGGAAAGAAGGAUUUGUUCAUUGAAGCCGACCUGAUGAGCCCUCUGGACCGGAUUGCAAAUGUCUCUAUUCUGAAGCAACACGAUGUGGAGAAGCUGUACAAACUGGACAAUAAGCCAGUUGUGGGAGUCAGUGACCAAUUGUGUUUUCUUGUUCGUCCUCGGAUUUCCAGUGUGAAGCAUGUAGCAGAGAUUGUCAACGCUGAUAAAGCUGAUGGCAGGCUUCGUAAAUACAAGAUUAUAUUCACUCCUCAGAAGUUCUACAUGUGUGAGACAGUGCUGGAGGAGGAGGGCAUCUUUGGAGAUGUAACGAUCGAUGACUGGGACUUUUACCUACUGCCCCUGGAUGAUGACCUGAUCAGCAUGGAGUUGCCCGAGUUUUUCCGUGACUAUUUUUUGGAGGGUGACCAUCGGUGGAUGUGCACAGUGGCAAAGGCUCUGCACGUGUUGCACUCCUUGUUCGGGCCCUUCUCCAAGACUUACGGAAUCGGCCGGUGCGCAAAGAUGACCUACCAGCUAUGGAAAGAAAUUGUGGAGAAUACGGAGAGUGAAAUUAAACCACGGCAGGCUGAGAUUGGUCAAGUUUUCUUCAUUGACCGAGAUGUGGAUUACGUCACCCCCAUGUGCUCUCAAGUUGUGUAUGAGGGACUCGUGGACGAUGUAUUCCGAAUUAAAUGUGGGAGCGUGGACUUUGGCUCUGAAGUAACGUCAUCGGAAAAAAGUGUGAAGGUGUUACUGAACUCUCAUGACAAGGUUUUCAAGGAGAUUCGGAAUGAACAUUUCUCCAACGUGUUUGGGUUCCUGAGUCAGAAAGCAAGACGGCUCCAAAUGCAAUAUGAUAAACGCCAAGGGAUGGACAUUAAACAGAUGAAGGAUUUUGUGUCUCAAGAACUCAAGAGCUUGAAGCAGGAGCAUCGACUAUUGAGUCUUCAUAUUGGAGCAUGCGAGUCAAUUAUGAAGAAGAAAACAAAACAGGACUUUCAGGAGCUGCUGAAAUCCGAGCAUGCACUGCUGGAAGGGUUCGAGAUCAGGGAGAGCACCACCUGUAUUGAGGAGCACAUUAACAGGCAGAUUUCUCCCUUUGAGAGUCUCCGGCUGAUGUGUCUACUGUCGCUGACAGAAAAUGGUCUGAUUUCCAAAGAUUAUCGAUCGUUGAAAACACAGUAUCUGCAAAGCUAUGGAUACGAGCACAUCCUGACCUUCGCCAACCUGAAACAGAUCGGACUGCUGACAGAGCAACAGUCCGGAGAAACUCUGACCGCAGUGGAGAGCACCAUGGGCAAGCUUGUGACAGACAAAGCAGUCGGGAAGCUGACUGAUGCCUUCUCAUCUCUGGCCAGGAAAAGUCACUUCAGAGCUUUGAGCAAACGGCUGAACCUGAUCCCCCGCUCAGUGGAGGAAUAUGACCUGAAGGUGCCGCGAGACAUGGCCUAUGUAUUUAGCGGUGCAUACAUUCCACUGAGCUGUAAGAUCAUAGAACAGGUGCUGGAGGACCGUGAGAGUUGGGCAGGAAUGGAAGAGGUGUCGCGGUUAUUAAACAGCAAUCAAUUUGCCACCAUUGAAAGGUCCGUCGACCCAGCAUCCAGCAGCAGCGUGCAGAGGGUGAUCCUUGUGCUUUUUCUCGGAGGCUGCACAUUCUCGGAAAUCGCAGCCCUGAGGUUCCUGGGCAAAGAGAAAGGAUAUAGGUUUGUUUUUGUUACCACGGCAAUCACAAACAGUUUUCGGAUGCUGGAAUCUUUGUUUGAGACGCACGUGUAAAAGACGCACCAGCCCUUUUUGAGCAAGACAUCAGGAGAGGGAAUGUACAGUGAGUGGAGGUUGUUGAGCCAGCUUCAACCUAGUAAUAAAAAAUAAAACAAAAUUAUCCGCAACCCGAUGGAGUUUGUCAGUGAAAUCAAGUCCAGUUGUCUCAACUUCUGACGGAACAAUGGACGUGCUGAGAUUUAAAUCACCACCUUGGCCAGCUACUUGAAUCCUAUAAAUUGGCUACUCAGAGUGAAGUAGUCAGCUGGCUUUACUGACCUAAUGGCAGAAGGAUUUGUGACUUCUAUUUCAGGGAAAGCAGAAGGAUUUCCAGUGAAAUAACAAUGCACUGCCUUUACCCCAGCAGAAACCCUGGAAGAGCUGGAUUUGCAUUGCAAUGAGCGACGAAACAUUGAGAGAAAUAUGGAUCCCAUUACAUGGCCUCUGACAUCAACUCCGCCAUUCACUGAGAUGGUGGCUGAUUUGAUCUUUGUCUCAGUCCAGCAUUCUUGCCUGAUCCCAUAAUCCACGACUGCCCUAUAGAUCAUCGGAACAGUUUUGAAAGGAUUCAUUCAUUCAGCAUCGUUGAAAACAUUAGCGACGCAGUGGUGUUGGUUUCCAACGGGAAUGGUGACGGACGCACCACACAUCUCUGUCCUCCUGCUCCUGUGGACUACCGCAGCUGGAAGUAUAGGGUUUUGGUGUGUGUGUGCUUUAUCAUCAUUCGAAACUUCUACUGAAGUGUGGAUGGCUGUUGGCUCGCUAGAAGCUCAUCCGCCCUUUGACAGGUCUUGUUUUUGGCCCUGCUGGGGGUCCACAGCCCCCUCCUAACCUGGCAAACCAUGUGGGGGAGACGGUUUAGUUGCUGACUAUCCGACCUUGGAUCAGGUAGCACGGGAUUACAUGGCACCCCUGACGGGGGGAAUCUCCCCCCGAUCUGAUCUGAAAAGGAGGUUUUAUGUUUGGAGAUCAGAAACAAAACAACUGUUUAUUUAGCACCUUCUUUGCCAAAGUCUUGAAUUACAGCCUGUUGAGAAGUCUUGGCAUUGUUCCUUUGGAAAAUGUGCAGAUCAGUUUCUGUGCAACAAGUCCCACAGACGACAAUGAGAUCAUGACCGGCCAGUCUGGUUUUGAUGGAGUAAUAUGUGCAGGUGUGGGAGACUUCCUUGCAUUUACUUUUGAACUGUGAUGGGAAGGGAGCGAUUUCACUAACUAUUUCAACACAAUGGGGAUGGAAUAACGAAACUUAAUGCAGUCAAUAUGUUCCACAUAUGUAAAAUACAACGCAUCUUCCAUGGUAAUCACCCCGAUAUAAAAAAUGUAAUUUAUUGAAUUCAGAAAAAUGGUCCAGACAUUUUAUAGUAACAAGGGUUUGAGAUUGCAAAUAUGUAAAAACAGGUUUAUAAAUGAAAGAAUUAAAGCUAUUUGUUUCAUCUGAACAGGGACCUUCAUUGAAAUUAUUCCAAUUCCAUUUUCCUUCUCCUUUGAACUUUUACAUUCCUCCUCUGAAAAUCAAAGUUAGAACAAUCUGAAACAUUAAGAGUACCAAUUGCCUAUUCUUAAUCAUACUCGCAAGUCACAAUAACUUCAGUUUCAAUUGCAAUGCUACCGACAGGAGUUAUUGAGCAAAAAGCAAAGUGCUGGAAGAACCUAGUGAAUCAGGCAGCAUAUGUUGAGAGGAUGGACUAAUGAUAUUUUGGGUCGCCGCUGAUGCUGCCUGACCCACUAAGUUCCUCCUGUACUUUGUGUUUUGCUUAAGAUUCCAGCAUCUGCAGUUUCUCGUAGUCUCCACAGGAAUUAUUGUCAGUAUUAAGUUUCCACUGGCAAAGAACUUUGCUGAUACCGAGUGCUAGCUUUUCGACUGUGAAUUUCCAUCUUGCACUGAGCUAAACUUUUAUGUAUAUAAUAAUGUGUGACAAUAAAUAAAAAAUGCUUUAUGUACUGU